AUGCCUGCCAUCACAAAGCUGAAUGCCAAGGCUGAUCCGCUCCUUCAUGGCUCACAGUCCUCAAGAUAUCGGUCCAUAACACCAGGUCCGGAAUCGAAUCGUCUCUGUUCAGAUUUUGUUUUUUCUGACAGGCAUCAGAAUUCCUUGCCAACAGCAGGUGCUCUCAAGUUACAUCAUUUGAGCACAGACGAACUGCCGAAAAGCAGAAAUGACCCACUCAAGUGCGAACCAGCAUAUUCUCGAAUAGAUGGGGAUAGUGUCUGUUUACAAAAUGGAAAGCAAAAUUUUUCCUAUUCCGAUGCAAACACGAAAACUGGCCUGUCUUGUGGGUCUGAAAUGAGAAAAAAUGGUUCUAUGCUUCCAACCGACCCGGUCGUUCAGCCGAGUUUUCCGUACGCCCACUCGGAGAGUGUUGUGCUCACAAGGCCGUCAAAUGAAUGCAUAAACAUCAAAAAGCUACGUGAUUGUGCUGGAAUCAUGCCUACGACCCAGCCUGCUGAAAGACCAAUUCAUAAUCCUACACACGAGCACGCUAACAUAAUAGGUGAGACUUUAUAUUUAUGCAUAGGCCACUAA